AUGCAAAACCUUCUUUCAUCUGUUUCCGCUUCACCUCUUCAGGCUUAUACACUCCAUACUCAAACUCACACUUAUCUUCGCCACAGAGUACACAAACAUGGUCUGCUUAAGCCUCACCGUGCUGUCAAACAGCAGAGCCAAACUAGCAUAAGAACUUCAUGGCCUAGCGUAUCACUUUCGCUUUUUGGUGCAGGCUUCUUAUUUGGUCCACUGCUCGAUGGACUCCAUUCAAGAGUCGAUCUUGUCGUGUACAAGUCCGGGUCUAUUGACAUUGGUCCACUCCAUACAAAUAUCUGGGUUCCUCCAUUGUUGGGGUUGUUUUACUGCUCGGUUGGUUUGCUUCAACUCUACCUAGACGAGAAGGUGUUAAACAAGGUUCAAGAGGGAAGUUUAACAAAAACAAUUGCCUCCCUGGUAUUAGUGGCGCUGUUCAUAGAGUUGAGUGCGGAACUAUACAAUGCGGGAAUAGCAGACAACAUUGAGGCCUACAUAUUGUUUGCUGCUGCAGAGUUCCUAUGGUUUUUGUUGGAUAGAACACAGCCAGGCUUCACCCUAGCAUGCCUAGUUGGAGUUGCUUGUCCACUAGCUGAGAUACCCUUAAUGAAGUUCCUUCACCUUUGGUACUAUCCUCAAGCCAAUAUUGAAAUCUUUGGCCAGGGGCUAGUUACUUGGACACUCACUUGCUACUUUGUGUACACGCUGUUCUUGAUUAAUCUGUCACGGUGGUUCAGAACAGUUUAUGCCACUCAAACAGAGGAGACUGAUUCAUAA